AUGUUUAAGCAUUUUAUACCAAGUUUGCUGGUUCUAACUAUUUGUGUGGUCUUUGCCGCAGCUGGGCAAACGAAGUCCGCCGAGACUCCUGGCAAUAGGGCGGCUGGUUUCCUUAACUUUACAACUUCUUUGAGAUCUCUCUUGGAUUCGAUUUACAUUUAUACGAAAUGCUUGCUAUUCCUAUUUCUAGGAUUUGCUGCGAUUCAGCCACGCCUACUGCUUUGGAAUAGACGCCCAGAUAAUACUCCGCAGCAACCCAUCAUUAUAGUGCAGCCGAACCAGGAUUCGGAUAGAAAUCGUCGUCCCUACUGGCAAGACUAUUACCCAUUCCCCCCACAGCGAAUUCCUGGACUUCCUGAUUUUGGAAGCAAUCCUUCAGUGAUAAUCGUCAAUCCGAACAAUGCCCAGAAUCUUACGUUUCCUGCUGCCGCACCUGCUGCAGCUCGUGCAGCUGGUGGUGGUUUUAGUUUCAGAAACGGAUAUUUUCGACGUGAAUCGGUGCCGCUUAUUGAGCUUCUACAAGGACUAAACGCGCUGGAACCUGAGUCGGACGCGAACGAAUCGGCGCUAGCAGCCGCACCAGCGGCAGCCCAAGCACCACUGGCUGAAUAUGGCGUUGUAGAGGACGACGAGGAGCCAAACGAGGAUGAGCUGACUCUGUUGGAGCGCCAGGCAACGCGUGGCCUGAGCACCAAGAAUUUGCUCUCUCACCUGAUGCAGGACAAGAAACGCCGACGCUUCCAGGAGGCUGUUGCCGGCAUCUACUUUAGGAACUACAAUCAGAAUCGAAAGUAAGCCCACUGCAGGCCGGGCCGUAUGCAUUUUGUA